UUGCAGGAAACUAAUUUCACAGCAGUAAAAUUAAUGUUUUCCAGCCAGCUCAGAUUGCUGCAAAAUUAAUACAGAAGAUAAAGAGAGGAAGUGAGAAAAGUUGAUUGAGGUUACAAGAAGCAGAAGCGCUUAGUGGUGUUGCAGAAAUCAGUGCUGAAUUACACUUUAUGUUCAUACAAGCAACUCUACCGACUCAUCGUUGAUGUGCACCAUGUCGGCGAGCGGGGAACAAGCCUGCAUGUUGUGUCGUCGGGAAGAUGCUGACCCAGAUAUUUGUGGGUCCACAGUGGAGAGAAAUGGGAUCUGUGCCCAUGAAUUUUGCCUGCGUUUUGCCAAGAAGCUCUGUGAGCAGAGAGCUGAUACUGGAGGACUCAUGAUAUUUGUUGUCUCGGAUGUCAGAUGCAUGAUUGAGCAGGCAGCACAGAAGCACUGCUUCGUCUGUGGUGAGAGUGGGGCCAGCAUCACCUGCUGGGAGAUGGACUGCGACCGCAGCUUCCAUCUGCCCUGUGCUGUGGAGGGUGAAUGCGUCACCCAGUUCGUUGCUCCGUACAGGGCCUUCUGCUGGGAGCACCGCCCACAACAGGCAGUGGAAGAAACUCCAGAGGACAAUACCAUCUGCCUCAUCUGCUUGGAUCCUGUGGAGGACAGAAAGUCCUACAGCACCCUGGUGUGCCCAGCGUGCAAGCACGCCUGGUUCCAUAGGGGCUGCAUCCAGGGACAGGCUAUGAGCAAUGGAUUUACAUGUUUCCAGUGUCUGAUCUGCAGAGACAAGGAUGUCUUUCGUCCAGAAAUGUGCACCAUGGGGAUCCGAAUCCCCUUCAGUCUGCCAUCAUGGGACAGCCAGGCAUUUGCAGAACUAAAUGCGAGGCACAGCCGCUGCGAUGCCUGGGAGUGCUUUUGCCUAGGAGGCAGAGAGCAGGUGGAGGAAGAGGGGCCCUGGCAGCUGCUCCUGUGCAGCUCCUGCGCUGCUGAGGGCACCCACAGAUUCUGCUCCAGCUUGACAAACCGCACAACUAGCUGGGAGUGUGACAGCUGUGCUGGCCUGGGCACUGCCUCCAGCACCAUCUUGGAGCUCAGUGGCCCCAGCACCUCAAGCCAGGAAGAACCAGGGGCCUCCCACAGCUCCCCAGCGCUAGAGAGCAGUGGCCGCUCCAGGUCCCCUGGGCCCAUGCGGAUACGAGACCAUUCCCGCUCACAACGUUCGGCCCAAAAUCCCUACAGCCGACCCAGACAACGCAGGACCUGACGUGUGCUAUCCCAGAGUGCUGGCCCUGAUCCCCCUCCACCACACAACAAAGUUGACCCUUAACCCCCACACUGUUUUUGUGACAUAAAGGUCACUAUAGAUGUGUUUCUGCAGUAGCCCAAGGGCAUUGCUCCUUCUCCAUUUCCUGUUCCCCAAUGCUGUACCUACUGAAGGUUCCUUCUCACAGUAUAAACCAAGAAACCCUUUUUCAUGAAGGUUGAAAGUCCUGGUAAAGGCUAAGGAGGAUCAUGACAGUGCCUGUUACUGAGGGCGUGAGUCCCCUGCUAUGCCCCUGAGAGCAAAAAAAGUCCUGUGUGCUCUAUGGGAGGGUAACAAGGGGUUUGUCAUCCAAAGGAUUUCUUUCCUGUUGGAAAUCUGCAAGUGCCUUUCCAGUGCAGGAAGGAGGAAAGAGUUGGUGGCAGAUGGGCUGCUGAUAGUGUUUUUAACAUGCAGUCCUUCAGUUAAAACACUUGGUGAUAAUGGUGCAUUCUGUGCCUGAAACGGCACCAGAUGAAGGAUGUUCACAAGUUUAUGGAGCUAAUAAUGUUGAGCUAAGUCUUCCAAGCUGUUUAGUUGGCUUCAUUGUCUCACUGCCAGAUCUUUUUAAUCUCCACAUCACAAUUCUUUUGCCAUUAUUAAGGCAUUUAGCGGGGUUGAGGAAUCUGAUUUUUUUUUUUUUUGUUCUGACAAAAAGAUUGUGUUACCCAAAAUUUGUGUUGUUACAGCAGCAUGCUUCUCUCUCUUCUGCUUUUCCAUCCAUGUGUGACAGAAGACACCUCAGCUGGAUUUUAUACUGAGCAUUCUUAGGAACUCUUGGGUGUGAAAACUUCUUUGUUCCUCCUCUUGAGCUGAUCAAAAUUACAAGAGCUGUUUUCCUACAGCUCCAAGACCAAAGAACAUAUUCCACCCCACUUAGCCAGACAAAAAGUUCAUGUGCAAGUCUUCCCAGAGCCUCCAGACACAUAGCACCUGCCUCCAAGGAGAGACCCUGGGAGUCAUUCACAAGCAGGAAAUGGCUGUAGUUCUUCACUGAGGGACAGGAUAUGCAGCUAGACAGCAAUGCAGUGAGGAACUUGUACCUUUGUCAUUCUCUGCUGGCUCGGUUGUUCUUGUAGUUGAGACUUGAUUAUCCAGCAACCCUGUUCUCCUGUUGCCUUGCUGCCAUCAGUGUCUGUAGCUCCAACAAAUACUGCACUUGAACUUCCCAGAGCUCUGUGUGACUCAGGAACCAGUCUGACAGACAAUUGGACUGGGCAAUGCAGCAAAAGGAUUUUUUUUUAGGAUCACAGGGUUUGCCGAGUCUCAUAUUUUUUUCAUAUGGAAAAGUACUUAAAAUCUGGAUACAACUCAGCGCUUUGUCAUUAGCUGGAAGGAGCCACGUGUAAGUGUGUCUUUCAGUAUGCCUAGAUGGGAGCGGGGUAUGUAACCAGAUGAAGUGGCUGCUGGCUACAUCGGUUUGGGACUGUUGAAGGUGACUAGGUUUUUUCAAGCAACCACACAGUUGUCAUGACAAAUGUAUUUAGCAAGCCCUCUGAGCUAUAUCUGAAGAAUUCUGAUCAGUAUAUCAUGUCAGUUUAGAAAUAAAAAUAGAAUUUUGAUAUACUUAAAAUGGCCACAGAUACUUAUUAAUCUCUUACAGUUAAGCCAAACACUGGCAUUUUAUGCAAGCAAACCUUGAGCAUCCGUGAGGUCUGCAGGAGUAAGUCUGUGUUGAAAAUGUUCUUAUUUUGACAUGUCUUUUGACUUUCUCUGCAUUUGCUUUUAUUUCCACUGGGAUCAGUGGCAAAAGCUUCCUUUAGAUUUCCAGGAGAGGAGAACCAAGCCUUGAGGCAAUGCAGGAUGUUAUUUACUGUAGCUGUCAAUGACAGCUUUGUCUUACAGCAACAGUGUGGGUACAAGUCAACACUGUCUCAUAACGUGUGUAAUUAUUUUCAAUGAAGAAAUUAUUUAGUAGCUUUAUUCACCUCCUUCAUUUGAUUCUGCUCUGAAGUGUUGCACACAAAGCUUAGUAACAGACUCACAUCUGUGGUGUUCUGUAUUGACUUCAAUAUUUAUCUUCUCUGUCCUUAUCUUUCAGGUUUGAUUAUCUUGUUAAACAUGUUAAAAUAUUGGAGAGUCUUUCUGAGCGAUACUGAAAAAAAUGUGUUACGAUUCAUCAAGUAUUUGUUUUAGUGGUUGAUCGGCUAAAUGUGUGGUGGUUUAUGACAGUUUGAUGUCUUACAGAAGCUUCUGUCUACAUAACCUAGUGUUGCAUUUUUAUUAGAUGUUUUAUUUCUAAUUAUUUUCAUGUCUUACUGUUACCAGUAUGUCAGAGAAAACGUAGUGUGUUUGGAUACUGGGUUGUUAAGAACUGGUGUUGUUUGCACUGUUGUCCUACUUGAUAAUUUUGCUCAGACACACUCUCACAUUCGUUCCCAAAGUCACAUUCACUCAGUCUCGGCUUUCUUCUCACUGUGGAGUUUGCAGUUGGCCCUGGAGAGCUGGGGAGAAACUUGCUUUUCUGGUGUUUGCAGUUACUGAUCUUGGGUGUCAGCAGUCAAGUCCACAGGCAUCCCUGGCCUUUUUUAGGUGCAUUUCCAAGGAACUUCCCUCAUUUCCAGGGACUUUUUCUAUUUUGGAAACCUGCUUUUCUCCAUCUAAAUAUUAUAAAUGAAGAAACACGUGACCCGCAUGUCACAUGAGGGUUUUGCCUCGUGUUAUGGUGAGUAUCUUCGUAUUCAUUAGAGGAUUUGGUCUAUGUCAUUACUGGUUAUUCCAGGUGUUGCUACAUUUUAA